CUCCACCUUUCUUCCAUUUUAUCUCUCUCUCUCUCUUUCUUUACACUGUUCGUGUGUGUGUGUGAGUAACUUUCUUUCUCUCAAAAAAAAUGGAUUCGAUCAAUUUCGAUAACGUGAAAGCAGAGAAGGCCAAGGCGUUGCGGCGAUACAACCGCUUCCGCGGAAUCGGACGUUUCUUCCGUGCGGCUGAGGUCUGCGUCGCCAUCCUCUUCAUAUUAUGGACGUUUACACGUCUUCCUUUCGCCGUUCAAAUCUCCAGAGAGUUUCUCCGCCGUGUCGCUGGCGUUAUAUCCACUCCACUCUUCGUCUUUCUUUUUGGAAACUGCAUCGUCCUUGUUCUCCUCACCAAGUCCUCUGUAGAGGAAAACAGAGGAUCCUCGUCCUCCAACGCAGAAACAGAGAUCUACGAGGCGUUGGUCAGAUCCAAGCCGUGUGAUGAAGGAGAGUUGGCAGAUGAUCAGAUCAUUUACGACGACAAAGAAGUGAUCGUUGUCACUGAUCCUUCAAAUAAUAUUCCUCAUGGUUCAGAUACGAGUUCCGUUUCAGAUGAGCCUAAGGUGUAUGGAAGAAGCAAGUCCGAAGUUGAUUGUCGAAAGCAGCAGAGUAGUGAAGAUGAUCAUAUGGUGGUGAUCCCUACCCCUUCUUCUCUCCAUAGAUCGGAGACGGAAAAGUGCAUGAAGAUCCAAGAUAAUAAUAACUCGUGGGAGGAUAGUAAUAAAAAUAAGAAUAAUAAUAAUAAUUAUGAGGAGGAUAACCUUAGCAACGAAGAGUUUCAGAAAACGAUUGAAGCAUUCAUAGCCAAACAGCGCAUGUUUCGUCGCCAAGAAUCUUUAGCCGUCGUCCUCCACAACAACCAAUCCUAAUUAUCAUAAACAAAAAAAAAAGAAGGGUAUCGGAUUCUAUUACCAAAUUCCGAAUCAACACUACGUAACAAACAAUGUUUUGUUAACCAUAUGGAAUCUUAUUUCAAUAUUCCAGCUAGUCGUGUGUAAAAAUCUUAUCCCUGCAGCUCUCUAUGUACAGUAGUAAUUAGUUGCUUAUCAGGGAAGAUAUAAUAAUAUAUAUCUUUUUUUUUUACUUGUUCUUUGCUGUAGUGACUAUCACUUAUUCAUACAAACUUGAAGUAGAAAUGUUGUCUCGUGACUAUGUAAAUUAUGCCUUUUACCAGAACCCCCUUUUCCUAUUACAAAA